CGAUGGAGUCACGAGAACGACAGCCCGACGACAUCAUUGCAACGUCGCAGUGCCCUAGACGCUGAGCAAUCGGGCUCCCACUCAUAGCCAUCAAGCCCUCAAGGAGCCCCGUUGAGCCCGAUUCUUUCUUUAGCCUCGACGAUAUUCCCAGGCCGAGGCGGCGGGCGGAGAUACGGCAGCUUGGCUCUGUCGCCCUCUCGCCUCGAGAGGCACGGACCAUGGUCGACGAGCGAUGGCGCAAUCCUAUCGCCAUCGAUAGGCAAUGGCACACGAGCGGGGGGAAAGGCGAAGUGCAAUGAUGUCGGCUGACCUGCUCAUGAGCCGCACAAGAGAUAGAAUAUGCUGAGAUGAGCUUGAGGUAUCCUUGACUUCUCAUUGCCACCAUUCCUCGCUGUCAAUCUGACUUGACUCGACCAUGGCACCUGUAGCAACGGCACCGCCAGCCCCUAGCUUUGCCCCUCCCGCAGGAGACACUCACCCCCUCAAGAGCCAGGCAGGAAGCCGUGUACCACCACCUCCCGGCGCUGAGGUUUCGUCUCUGGCCAACAUUCUCACCUCUGGGCAAUACGACACAGACGUUUCCCUUAUCACUCCCUACGAGCAGCUGCCCACCAAAAUCGAGGGACCGACUGUAUGGACGAGAGAGGAGUACGAGAAGCCCGAGAACCAGGAGCGAUGGAUCCGUCGCUGGAGUGAAGAAGAGAUCGGCCAGUUGGAGACAGCAGCAAAGGAUUGGGUGGCAAGUGGCAGGCCUCACGAGGAGAUCGAGAGGGCCACCAUCAACCUUCCCCUCUCCCUUCAAUCAACCCUUCUCUCUCUCCGCCAGAAGAUCUUACACGGCUCGGGCUUCUACGUCUUCAAGGGUUUCCCGGUCGACCGCUGGCCGAUCGAGGUAACGGCUGCCGCCUACCUAAUGGUUGGGGCUUACCUCGGUAACAGUGUGAGCCAAAAUGGACGCGGACACAUUCUCGGGCACGUCAAAGAUAUCGAGGGUGACAAAUUUACUGGGGACAAUAUUGACAAGAUUCGCAUCUAUCGCACCUCGGCCCGUCAGCACUUUCACGUCGACUCCUCGGGCGGGCUCAUCGGUCUCUGCUGCCUAGCACGUUCCCUAGAAGGAGGCGAAAGCGACGUGGUCUCCUCUCACGCCCUUUGGAAUCACCUUCAGGCCCACCGACCAGAUGUGGCACGAACACUCGCCGAGCCCAAUUGGUACUUUGAUCGAAAGGGCGAGGUUUCGACGAGCAAGGAGGGACAGAACCCGUGGAUGAAGAGAAGCAUCGCGACGUUGGUGAAGGGCCAGCCCGAUAAUCGCUUGACAGUGCAGAUCGACCCGUACUACCUGUGGUCGACCACGCGUUUCGUCGAGGCGGGGCAGAUUCCUCCCCUCUCCGCCGCUCAGAAGGAGGCUAUGCAGGUCCUGGAGGAGACGGCCCAGAAGCUGGCUCUGCACAUGAUUCUUGAGGUGGGGGAUUGCCAGUUCGUGUCGGACAGCAGUGUUCUCCAUGCCAGGACGGCAUACAAGGACCACCCGCCUCCGCAUCCCCGUAGACAUUUGCUCAGGCUGUGGUUGAGCACGCCCGUCUCGGAAGGAGGAUGGGUGACCCCAUUCCCUGAUGCUGAUCAUCCGAGGAGGGGAGGUAUUCAGGUGGACGAGCAGCCCCAUCGAUGCCCGUUGGAUGCAGAGUGAUACGAUGAUUAUAGGCGGUGCUGCGAUGCUAUGAUGCGAUUACGAAUGAUGAUGAUAUGAAAUGAUGACGCUCACCCACAUCCUGGACAGACGUACAGCUCCUCGUGUGUGUAGCUGUCGCACUCGAGGCAAAAGUGGCUGCCGCAUUUUGGGCACUCGUAUCGUGACGAGGUGGCUAGCGUCGCUGCUCCUCCACCUGCUUGUUCACCCUCGCCUUGACCAUUGUCGUUGGAUCCGUUGACUUGCGCAUUGCUGCCAUCGUUACCGCCCGCAUCCAUCACCUCAUCCUC